AUGGGGCCAGUCGGGGGCCAUAUGGUUGUGCAGGGUUGGUUUGGAGACUACGAGCAAGCCCUAGGCAGUGGAGCCGUCAUCCUCGCCAUUGCCUUCGACCCUUUUGUCCAAAAUUUGAUCCACUACUACCCUAAACUCGUUGUUGAUCCCACAGGGACUGCAAUCGUGUCGAGCAACUCUAUAUACGACGCAUUGGGUCCUCCAAUGAACAUUGUGGGGUACUAUCUUGAUCCGGCAAUGAAAGCCAAUAUCUACAAUUCUCUAUUCAACAGCGACUCAUCGAAGCCAUGGUCUACCCCGAGUAGCGAUAUCCGCGCGGAUACUCGCAUAGGCCGUCUCUGGGGCACACCAUUCGUUAUAGGGCCAGUCCCUCCAGGACCCUCGGCGCGGCCUUUCAUCUACACAGAGAGCAUAUCAACUCCUAUCCAACUUAUCGCCCCGGAUAAUCUGCCAACAAGUGAAAUAAUAUUCUCAGCUAGCGAUUUCAUACCUAAAUGGCAGGCAAUGGAAUGCAGCAUUGAUCCAAUUGUGCGCAGCUUUCGCGCAAAGGUCUCUCGGGGACUCUAUCACGAAGAAACCCUGGCCAUCUCAAAUAACGGAUCUUUUCCGCCGGGCCGCCAAGACGAUAAGUACUCCCUGUAUCCCCCCUGGGGACCAGAGAUGGGAGUUGGGGAAAACAAGGAGUUUGUUAUAGGGAAGCGGUCGCUCAAAGCGAUACAGCUCUUUUUUCAAAGCUUCUUUUCCGGCGAAGCGCAGCUCAAUCCUCAGGGCUUCAUGCCAGAUUCUAAUUCGAGCACAUACGCGAAUCAGGAUUUGAUACAGCUUCUCACACUUGCAAACAUCACUGAUUGCACUGGUGGGAUGGCCAAGAAGAUGCACUGUGCUAUGGAUAAUGUCGCCGCAGCAAUGACAAAGGCAAUUCGGGACACGCCGUCAAGGUCAAAUCUUAGCACUGUUGCUACGGGCCACGCAAUGACCAGCAUGACACACGUUUCCAUCCAUUGGCAGUGGAUCGUUCUUCCGAUACUAGUGUGGUUAUUGGGCCUUGUCACAUUAUUAGGCACCAUUUGGAAGACGCGGAAAGCUAUGGUUCCCACAUGGAAGAAUGAGACGAUGCCACUCAUAUCCCUAUAUAGAAAUGGUCACAAUGAGAAGCCUAAAAGCGAUGAAGUGUCGGAGACUGAGAGAGUGAAGUUAUACAAAAGUGAGGGCAAAUUUGCGCUGUCAGGGUAG